GUGAGGUCGUUUCUCUAUCUUCAAGCUCAUGCACGUAUGAAUUGCUCAGCUGAUAAAAUUUCCACAUCAUUAAGCUUUGCAGCAAGCUCAGCGUUCUCUUCCUAAAAGGUGCCGCUAGUUUCUCCGUUGCCAUACAAAGGCUGGCAUGCAGCAUAUAUAUCAAAGUGCUGCUUCUUUCUUAUUCAUCCCGAUCAAAUGCAGCAUGCGUACGUACGUUGUUGUAUAUGCGUAUUGAUGGUUGCUGCAAAUAAUACCGCUAACGAUCGAGAUUAAUCUAUAGCUGUUAGCUUUGCAUUGAGCUCGGCAUAAUUUCUGAUCUACCUCAUCCCAUGCCAGUUGCAUGCCUCGAGCCUCAUCGAUCGAAUUGAAUCAAUGCGUCGAUCGGUUAUAACUUGUCGACUUGAUCAAAAAGCUUCGCAGUCAUGAUCUUCUCUCUCUUUCCCCCCAACUUGGGGCGAUCAAGUUGUUCAUAAUUAUUACGCAAAGCAUGCACCGUGGUCAUGAUGUUCAGAAUUAGGUGUAGACGCAACACUAGCGAGCAUAUAUAUCUAAUUUGUUUCUGCAACAUUAUCUGGAAGCUAAUUUGAUCUUCAUGAUAAUAUGAUUGAUCACAAGGUGCAGUACUAAACCUGAAGUACGUUGAAGAAUAAUUAUGAGGAAUAUUGAUUCGGCCGGAUCCCACAGACUUCCAGCCAGUAAAGUCAUGCCACAUGGCGAAACAGUCUCCUUCCGAGACAGUGUAAUAAGGACUAGGAGUAGAAGCGGAGGCAUCGUAAUUCUCACUGUCGUCUUCUUAGAGACAAGCCGAUUUUACGUACCUUCCACCCAGUCUCUCUGAGCAUCAGAACUUUCGGCGUUCCAUCCCGGUAAAUGGCCGAUUACGAGCCGCUAAGGGAUGUCGAAGAGCAACUUCAGACCAACAGGAGAGCCACGCGUGUCGCCUCCCUGGAUGUCUUUCGCGGCCUCUGCGUCUUCCUCAUGAUGCUAGUUGAUUAUGGCGGGUCGGUUUUCCCCGUAAUUUCUCAUUCCCCAUGGGAUGGCAUUCACUUGGCUGAUUUUGUGAUGCCUUUCUUUCUUUUCAUUGCUGGGCUUUCUCCUGCUCUUGCGUACAAGAAAGUACCCAACAGAGCAGAGGCUACAUGGAAAGCAGUGCUUAGGGCAGUGAAGCUUUUUCUUCUGGGAGUUCUUCUUCAAGGUGGUUAUCUGCAUGGAGUCAAUUCGCUGACAUAUGGUGUUGACAUCGAAAAAAUAAGGUGGAUGGGCGUUUUGCAGAGGAUAUCUAUUGGAUACAUUGUUGCGGCUUUAUGUGAGAUCUGGCUUACAUGUCGGACGUGGAGGCAAGGAGGUUUCUUUAAGAGUUACUUCUGGCAUUGGUGCAUUGCAUUUUCACUGUCAGCAGUAUACAUGCUGCUAUUGUAUGGUCUAUAUGUUCCAAAUUGGCAAUUCACAGCACCAGCCUUGGCAUCUUCUUUGUCUCCAUCAAAUGAUAGCAAUGUUUACAUGGUGAGAUGUGCGGUGAGAGGUGAUCUUGGACCUGCCUGUAAUUCUGCUGGAAUGAUCGACCGCUAUAUUCUAGGUGUUGAUCAUCUAUACAUGAAACCUGCUUACAGGAACCUGAAGGAGUGCAAAAUAUCCGAUGGCCAAGAGUGUUCACCUCCAUGGUGUGAUGCUCCUUUUGAUCCUGAAGGUAUCUUAAGCUCCUUAACAGCAGCUGUGACUUGCAUUUUUGGUCUUCAAUAUGGACACAUUCUUGCUGACUUACAGGACCACAAGGGGCGCUUAACUAAAUGGUCCUUGUUAUCAAUUUCUUCGUUUAUCCUUGGACUGUUGCUUGCUUUCACAGGCAUCCCUGUGAAUAAAUCUCUGUAUACAGUCAGUUAUAUGUUGAUUACUUCUGCAUCUGCGGGGAUCACAUUUUGUGCUUUAUACUUGUUGGUAGAUGUUUACGGUUACAGACGCUUAACAUCUGUGUUGGAGUGGAUGGGAAUGCAUUCUUUGAGCAUCUUUGUUCUCAUAACUUCUAACUUAGCUAUCAUUGCCAUUCAAGGAUUCUACUGGACUGCUCCCGAAAAUAAUGUUGUCCACUGGAUCAUAUCACGUUUUGUGCACGCAUGACAAGGGCAUCAACUUCCUGUCUGUUGGUUAAGCUUUUGGAUCUAUCCUUAAUCAGAUAUUACGCAUGACAUGUAUCUUUUGUGUUACUCUUCAUGAUGCUUAAAAUAAUUCUUUUGUUGCUUUCCAGUUUUACGGUAAUAAUCAUGGAGGUUAGAAAAGAUGGUAGAAAGAAGAGAACUCUAGUUGGUGUAGCCAAUCAAUCUUGUUGCAGACUGUUGUGAUUCUUUAUUAUUCAUCCUUUUCUUUUGUACAGAAGACAAGGGUGAGUAAUGAAUGGUGUCCUGUAGUCGCUUAUAACUGAAACGUUGAGUAAUUUACACUUCAAAUGUACAGAAGAAUUAUGAAGUGUUGAACCUUUUCUAGUC